GAAUGGUGGAGGUAUGACUCAUAAAUUUCACGUGCUACGAGAUGGAGCGCUACCUCAAGGACGAGCCCAAGCUGCAGUCGUGCAAGAAGCUGCCCACGGACCUGGACACCUCCUGGGACCUGUUCACGGCUCCGGUGACGGCCUCCUGGGCCAAGGUGGAGGUGGUGGACGGCUUGCAGCUGGGCGAGCGCGCGCUCAGCUGCGCCGUGCUCGUCAAGCAGGAGUACCACGUGGACGACGAGGACCUAGAGGACCUGGGGGAGGAGGAGGAGGAAGAGGACGAGGAGGAAGACGAGGAGUACUUCUUCGGCCACCGGAAAGCGCUGGAGCUGAGGCUGGUGGCGCGCGGGCAGGCCAUCCUGCCGACUCUGACGCCGCCGUCGAGCCCCGAGUCGGGGCAGGGCCACAGCAACAGCAGCCAGUCGAGCUUCGGCAGCGGCGGGCCCGCGACGACGGCGACGACUACGACGGCGACCCGGAUCGCCGCGAGGAGCCCCGGAGGCGCGGGCGGCCUGUCGCGGCUCGUCGCCGCGUCGCAGCCGCACCUCCCCAGGCCGGCGCCGGCCCCCGCGUCGCGCCACCACCACCACCACCACCACCACCACCACCACCACCACUCGCGCCACGACCACUCGCCGGACUCCAAGCGCAGGAACCACAAGUGUCAGUUCCCCGGCUGCAAGAAGGUGUACACCAAGAGCUCGCACCUCAAGGCGCACCAGAGGACACACACAGGGGAAAAGCCGUACAAGUGCUCGUGGAGCGGCUGCGAGUGGAGGUUCGCGCGCUCCGACGAGCUGACGCGCCACUACCGGAAGCACACGGGCGCGAAACCGUUCAAGUGCCGCCACUGCGACCGCUGCUUCUCGCGCUCAGACCACCUGGCGCUGCACAUGAAGCGCCACAGCGACUCUGCGCCUGCGCGCUAGGCAAGCCCCGCAGCGCACGGGCGCCCUGACGGCCGGGCAACCCGCGCGACACGGGUCCUUGCCCCUUGCGCGCCAGGCAACCCCGCUCGCCACCCACGUCGGGCGGGUGGCGUCACCAGCUCACCCAUGCCAAAAAUAAAAAACAAAAUCUUUUUUGAAAGUCGAAGAAAAAAAUAGUGUUAACGUGUUUAGCGAACAAGCAUCACUGCCAAGAUAACUGAAAACUAAUUUGGUUUAGAAUGUUUUUUUUUUUCUCUAUCGACUUGGCAAUUUUGCGAAAUAAAAACUUUCACACAGUAUCCAAUGGGGCCAGUUCAUAGAUUAGAUUGUAGUGUUUCCAAAGAAAUAAUAAUACAAAAGUAUAUUGCCCACAUUUCUGUUCUUAGAAUCUGAAAUAAAGUACCAUCACGAGGGGAAGUUAAUUUUUUUAAUUGUGUACACUGACGUUGGGCAUACAGAAAUUAUAAAAAUCUUAAACUGAAUUUCAAUCGACGAUGAUUGUCAACUGUUUUCAAAACAUGGCGGUGAGAAUUCUUGUGUGACUAGAAACUUGAUGGCGUGAAGUUGGCGCGAAAUUGUAAAAGUGACUUUAUAGUGCUUUCUAAGAUUGCCAAAUUCCAAUUUCUUAAGACAUCUGCUAAUAUACGUAUUUUUAUUGCUGCUGUAAUGACUGCUUAAGAUCUUCGUAUUAAUGUUCUUUCUUUUGCUGAGGUAUUGUUGUAGCUAAAUUUUUAUUAGAAAGUGCGAUGUCUGUCCCGCUUUAUUUAAGAAUUUGUUCUUAAAACGAGAAUAUAAGUCUACAGACACAAACAUGUACGUAACGAGAAAAAAUAUAUAUAUAUAUAAAAUUGAAGGUAGUAUACUUUUAGCGUUUAAAAAUGUUACAAUUUCAGAUCAUUUGUUAGUUGUCUGUUUUAUUAUUAACUGAAAUGAUGCUGCAUUUUUGUGUUGUGAUGUUUGCUAACUUUACUUACUUAGCUAAUCCUUCAUUCUGUUGUAUGUCGUUAGAUAAAUAUUAUUUUAUUUGUCUACUUGGUAGUUUCGAAGUGUACAGAGUAGCCCAUUGAAAAAAAAAAUGCAUCUCGUCCAAAACACAUAAUGAAGCUACCUUGUGAUCAAUAUCCAUUUUGUAACAUCAUGCUGAAAAUUAGCAUAACGUUUCACAUUGCAUAUUCACGCAGUUUCGUUUCAACUCAUUAUUAGUCGUAGUAUAUAAAGUGUCACGGCGAUGAUUGUCGGCGAGAAAGAAAUAAUUUUUUUAACCGGUGAUUUUACCGAAAUAAAAAUCUUUUUCUAAAAAAAAAAAAAAAUCAAUGUUUUGUAGUUAAGAGAACAAAAUGACUGGUUUUGAAAUUACUGGGGGGGAAAUUGAAACCCGCUGUAAAUUGAGUGGCUGUGUGAAUUUUAACUUUUUUUUUUUUGCUCGCGAGCAAUGAGAAGACUGGCAACACGUGAGCGCCACGUGGGAGAGACAAGACUUCGCCGAGCUCUGACGUGUAUGGAGUCUGAUCCCGCCAGUUCCCCCGUCGAUCACGGGAACGCGAGACCGGAGCGAGUGGUUUGCCCUCUGACGUGAUCGUAGUCAUGUGAGCGAAUGAAACAGUAAAUCAUCACUCCUCCCCCUUUACCCCUUUUCCAUCACCCGGGUUCAGAUGAGUCACCAUGUGUAUGUGUGCGAAACCCUUUAGCGUAUUUCACGAAUAGGUGACUGAUCAGUUAUUUACAAUUUUUCUGCCAUUUUACAAUUUUUUUCUAGAAUGCAAAAAAAAAUUCGAUUUCAUCGUUUAUUUUCCCUAUUCUUACAUUUUUAUUUUUGUAGUCCACUUCAAUCCGCAACAGAUUAUUGUUGCAUCUUUAACCAUAAAUGAAGUACAAAAUAUAUUUACCAUAUCCAGUAACUAGUUCUCAUUAUGUGAACCUUUAAGAGUGCAUGCAUGCAUGAUAAUGUAAAUAAAAUAAGUAUUUGCAGUUACUAAACUUUAGACUUUCAUGACCACGCAUUCACUGAGAGGCAUAGGCCUAUGAAUUUCUGAAAAAAAAAAGUUUGAUAAAAGUUUCUUAUUGAUUGCAAUCUUUUCUCCUCCGAAUCUUUCGAUUACAGCGAAAAUGGUAUGUUGUAUGCGAGUAAAAUUUGAAAGUGUCCUUGGGCGAAGCUUGAGUUUAAUUAUUCCACAUGCAACGAUCAAAUAAAUUGUUAGAAAUUAGAAGUAAAAGAUUACGUGUGUACGUUCUGUGUACCAAAACAAAAGGCAUGUUGCUGUUCUUUUACGCCAUAGCGUUGUUCUUGUUUAUGUACGUUUGCGAAGUUCUUUGUUCUCACAUUCCUCUUAACACAUCCCCGACUCUGAACUUUUCUACUUCCAUACGCGUUUUAUUUUUAACCACGAAGUAUGUAAUGAAUGGUAUUUGUAAAUGCGCGAGAGAAAAUUUAUUGUAUUUAAUAGUUUUCUAGUGUUUGUAGUGUUUUGUACAGGAAAUGGCUUUGUUGAGCUACUAAUAAAGCAAAGGAAAUUAAUAUAAUAUAUUUUGUGCUGAAACAGUGCAAAUUGAUUGUGUUUUACGAUUUGUAAAUUGUCAGAUAAUAGAUGCUUUGAAUGUUUCUAAGUAAGACGCAUGAGAGUAAAAAAACAACUUGACUCUGCAACACAGAUACAUAGAAACUUCUACGUUCUUUUUAUAUAUUAUGAAUAAUAUGUCACUUUUGAGUCAUAAAAUGAUAAAGAAGUUGAAAGAAAUUUAUGCAGAUGCAGUUAUUAAGUGCUAUGAUUGUGAAUUAAAGCAAGUUGUAUGAAGUUCUUCCGAUUGUUAUGCUGUAAGAAAUAAAUGAAAAUAUCACUUUCUUUGAAAUGAAGAAAGUAUGUAUGUAUGGCGAAUUGGAACAUGUGCUAAUUUUUUACGUACUUCUAAAUACAAGAUAGUGUGACUGUAAUUAAAUAUUGCAAGUGUUGUUCAUUGUUUAAUUUUCGUGCUCCUAUAAAUGUUUAAGGCUGUAAUUAUUUAUAAUGUUAAAAAUUUAUAAUUAGCUGGUUAAUGUUAAAUUUGUUUUAAAUUUGCUUUCCUGCCUAGUUAUUGAAGAUAUCUUUUUUCCUUCUUUUUUUUCACGGACACGAGUUAACAUGGAGCACAGGUUUUUUGAGCAUGUAUAAAGAAUGAGAAAAAUUUUGCUUCAUCCUGAAGAAAUAAAAAUUCGUAUGUUUCA